AUGGAUUCAUCACUUCCCUCUAAAAGGCUACUCUUGAACUCUGGUUCCUCGAGAAAAUCGACGAAUUUUCACCCAGGAAAGAGGGAAAAAUACUCACGUGGAUCUUCUUCCUCCAAGAGAGAAUUUGAAGCUGGUGAUCAUGAAGUUCCAAGUGGACCAAACCCUAUUUCCAACAAUGUAUAUCCAGAGACAAAUCUUUAUUUAUACAUAUAUGUAUGCUCUGCAGCGCUGCGUGUCGAAAGGGCAAUAUGUGAUUGCUGCUUGGGUGUCGAUAAGAAGUUGGCAUUGGUGGGAAUGGCUGCAGCGACGAAGGUAGUUGCUGGUGAUAGGGAUUGUUUGUUGGAGUAG